GAGAGGAAAUUUGUGGGCGGAUCUGGUCAAGUGAGUGAGCGGAUAAUGGACCUCCUCGGGGACCGAGUGAAACUAGAGAGGCCUGUGACCCGCAUUGACCAGACAGGAGAAAAUGUACUUGUGGAGACCCUAAACCAUGAGCUGUAUGAGGCUAAAUAUGUGAUUAGUGCUAUUCCUCCUACUCUGGGCAUGAAGAUUCACUUCAAUCCCCCUCUGCCAAUGAUGAGAAACCAGCUGAUCACUCGUGUGCCUUUGGGUUCAGUCAUCAAGUGUAUGGUUUAUUAUAAAGAGCCCUUCUGGAGGAAAAAGAAUUACUGUGGAACCAUGAUUAUUGAAGGAGAGGAAGCUCCCAUUGCUUACACAUUGGAUGAUACCAAACCUGAUGGCACCUAUGCUGCUAUAAUGGGAUUUAUCCUUGCCCACAAAGCCAGAAAACUGGCACGUCUUACCAAGGAAGAAAGGUUGAAGAAACUUUGUGAGCUCUAUGCAAAAGUUUUGGGCUCCCAAGAUGCUCUGCACCCGGUGCAUUAUGAAGAGAAGAACUGGUGUGAGGAGCAGUACUCCGGGGGCUGCUACACCACCUACUUCCCCCCUGGGAUCAUGACUCAGUAUGGAAGGGUUUUACGCCAGCCGGUGGGCAGGAUUUACUUCGCAGGCACUGAGACUGCCACACACUGGAGCGGCUACAUGGAGGGAGCUGUGGAGGCUGGGGAGAGAGCUGCCCGAGAGAUCCUGCAUGCCAUGGGGAAGAUUCCAGAGGAUGAAAUCUGGCAACCAGAACCAGAGUCUGUGGAUGUCCCUGCACAGCCCAUCACCACGACCUUCUUGGAGAGACAUUUGCCCUCCGUGCCAGGCCUGCUGAGGCUGAUUGGAUUGACCACCGUCUUUUCAGCAAUGGCUCUUGGCUUCCUGGCCCACAAAAGGGGGCUACUUGUACGGAUCUAAAGAGAAGACAUCUGUAACCACACCCUAUUCUUACUCUGUUUGGGGUGUGGGUUUGGGGAAGGGGGUUGCAAUAAAGUUCCAUAAAGAAGGUGAAGCGAGGCAGAGAUGGUGAAGAUAAGUCAGACUCUGACAACAGGAAACACAGUAUCUCUUUCUCCACGUUGGCUCCUGGUUAGCAUCUCUUACCCGGCUUCAUACUCUGUCUCACCCAUUUCCAAGCUCACUGUCUUUGGAAUCUUUAGAAUUAAAUGGACUUGUUUAAGGUUCUUGCUGUGCCACAACACACCUUGCCCAUGCACAGACAGCCAGUUUCUCCCCACCUCUGUGGCUUUCUGCUUAACCUUCUUUCCUGUAUUAUCCUCACCUUCCCAAGUUCUCUGCAUUAUUAUUAUAGCUGAAAGACCUUAGAAGCCAUCUAGUCCUCACCUUCUGUUUUAGAGUUGAGCAAACUGAAGCUGAUUGAGGUAGAACUUAUUUGCCUAAGGUUCACAAUAAGCCACUGGUAUUUGGGGGACUAGAGCAUAGAUUCAUUGCUUUUCCC